CGGCUUUGUCGGACAAGGGGGCUUAUGAUUACCAACAAGGCCCUAUUUCGUACUUGUUAUACGGAUUAGUGACGUCACCUUUACACAACCGAAGCUCCAUAGUAUAACUUGUACGUUGCUGAGAAUUAGUCUAACAAGACUACAGGCUUUAGCAGACUUCUUAGCUUCGUUGAAUGAAAAGAUUCUAACUUGAUCCACUUCCCAAAAAACUUGGGUAAACAUCGCCUUCAUUCUCCUUUGACGAUCAUACAGCUAGUUGCUGUUACCUAAAGUAGCGCAAUAAAUACGAGCCGCAAGUCCCAAUUGGUUGCUGAAGGAGCCCGAGAAGCCAUGGCAUCAAGUCCGCUUAACGUAUUCAAACAGCCACUCAAGCUGUUCUCCCAGCAACCUAUGACUGGUAUCUUCCGUGACGGCUACUGUCGCACCGGCGGAGGCAUCGAUCCGGGCAAUCAUGCCGUGGCCGGUAUCGUUACUGACGAAUUCCUUGAUUUCUCCGCCUCACGCGGGAACGACCUACGCCAGGUCGGCUUGAAAGGCGGCUGCAGGUGGUGUCUGUGCACUUCCCGCUGGCUUGAGGCCUAUCAGGCAUAUCGUGGCGGUAGGGUUACGAAUCUGGGCGUUCCCCGCGUCGACUUGGACGCCACAGAAGACAGUGCGCUGGGGAUGGUCGACAUGGAUACUUUCAGGCAGUUUGCUAUCAGGCAUGAUCAGUCGAAUGUGAAUGGGAGCGGAAGCGGAAGCGGAAGCGGUGCUACGUGAGUUAACUCCCCCGCGCUGUCGGUCCUGUAUCGAUUUGCGUUAGCAGGGGGGAGUACUUGUUUGUGGCUACUUAUUGCACACAACCUGUAUGAUGAUAGCCUGUUCCGGAGCACAACUAUAUAACCUUGAUUCGAACUCUUAGGUAGAUGCGAGGUAACCAGAGGCUGAAGAUAGGUCUGAAGUCUAGCUUCGUAAUAUAUUAGAUAAAAGCACUGGACUCCAUUUCAUCUCAGUCUAGAAUAUUCUCAAUAUAGGGAAAUGUAGAAAAAUGCCUCGACAUUCCAGUUCACUUCGCUAACCUUCGCUCUACAACAGACAAGAUGUUACCGGAAUUAUUGCCGAGACGCCGUCACACUACGAAUUGCAGGUAGCCGCUCUC